AUGGUCAUCACGGGAUUCCAAUGUUUGGAUGUCAUUAGUUUGCUUCAGCCUGAUGAACUUCCUCACGGCGCACAUACCACAGGCACUGUGACGACUCAUCGCAGCGCACACGCCCUGUUUGACAGUGAGUCCCUGCAGUACGUCCCACGCAGUGUUGUGCGCACUUGGAAGAAGCGUGACUUCCUCAUUGUGCUUGCCAUCCCGUCCAUCGAGAUGGAUGUGAGGCGGAGGCUUCGCAUCCUGCAGCGUAAGUCGUGCUGGCGGUUUCCUGGUGUGGCGACGAGAGCAAACAACUUCACCGGUGCGAUGCUGGUGCUGUACGUGUUUGGGCGGCACCCGUCGCAUAACUUCACGUACUCUUUGGCGCUGCAGCGUGAGGCGGCGGAUUGGCACGAUGUGAUUGCGCUGCCGGUAAAUGAGGGGCGCCCAUCGACCAACAAGACGAUUGGUGGUGGCCUCAGCUGGGGCAAUGAGGCUGAGAUCGGGCUGAGCCGCAAGGUGUUCCUGUGGUUCGACAUGGCGCUGCGGCUGUUCCCUACUGCGACAUACUUCGCGAAGGGAGACGACGACACGUUCCUGCGCGUGCCGCAGUACCUCGCCGACCUGCGCUCACUGCCUCGCCGCGGUGUGUAUUGGGGAGUUCCUUUUGCCGAAGUUUUACACAAAGGGAAAGUUACUCACAGAUUUCAAUACUUUGCUGGAAUGUUCUACACUCUUUCGAGGGAUGUGGUGCAGCAGCUUGUGUUGUUUGAGCCUGUGCGACGGCUGGUGCGCUUGCCGUACAGCAAAGAGAGAGAGAAGGAUUAUCGCCUUUACAACAUGCAACAUGAGGAUGUAAUGAUUGGGCGUGUGAUCCACGAGCAGCAGUAUGCGCAUCUGGUUCUUGUCAAAGAGCAAAGGUGCCGUUUCCAUAUGCUUGACCUAAAGGAUCCUAAUGGUGUGCCGCGGAACAGUUCUCUUGUUAUUCAUGGUGGCACAGAUGCUGAGUUUCUUAGUCUGAUGUAUGUCUUUGGUAACGAUACAGCAGCUGUCGCAAAGCGUUAUCGACGCAAGCGAGGUUUUCUCAUGUUUGAUUGUUGA